AUGAAUUCCAUCAAAAAUUUGACUGAAAACCAGUGGAAGCCAGCUGAUGCCAUACCACAACAUGUCCAAAACUUGUUAGUUCCUACAUCGCCAUCUCAACCAAUAAACUACAUGCUUGCAUUUUUACAAAUUGUCUCGUCAUUGAAAUUUCAAAAACGUACAGGAUGGUUGGAUCAUGGUGUACCACCAUUAGACACGGAAAGUAUUGCUGACCAUAUGUACCGAAUGUCCAUCAUUUCAAUGAUCGUCCCUCCUGCGAAUGUGAACAGAGACAAGUGUGUCAAAAUUGCCGUUGUUCAUGAUAUCGCCGAAUCACUAGUAGGAGACAUCACACCAUACGCAGGAAUAACCAAAGCCGAAAAACAUCGCAGAGAAGAGGAAACCAUACAUUACCUUCAUGACAUGAUUAAGCCGUACAAUCCAGAAUUUGCCAAAGAGUUGGUUGAGUUAUGGUUUGAUUAUGAGGAGAUUAGAAAUACCGAGGCGAGGUAUGUCAAAGAUAUUGAUAAGUUUGAAAUGAUAAGCACUGCAUAUGAGUACGAGUUAAAGUUUGGCUUGACUUACAAUUUAGAUCAAUUUUUCACUGCAAGAGCAGCAAUAAAAACUAAGGAAGUGGGUGACUUGUGUGAUGCUUUAUUAGAGAAACGUGCUAAAUUGGUUGCUGAGACGAAAGGUGAUGCUCAAAAGUAG